CAAAGUCAAUUAAAUCUGUGCUCUCCUCCACGGAUCUCCUUUCCUUGCAUUUCUUCUGUCUCUUUUUAAGCUGCUUAAACACCUGCUACACCUUCAUGCCUGCCAUGACAAGGCUCUUGACCUUCCUAGCCAUCGGUGUUGCCUUGCAAUUGGCAGUCCAUGCUGUCCCUACUCCAAUCAAUAAGGAUGUCUGUACCACUCCAAAAUGCAAAGAACUUGGAAGCAGCAUGCUCAAGGACCUUGAUCUUACAACGGAUCCAUGCGUUGAUUUCCAACAAUACAGCUGUGGUGGAUUUUAUGACCGCGAGACUAUUCCUGAAGAUGCUUGGAAAUAUGGGUACCUGUCCAUGGUACAAGAGCGCAUCUAUGAUCUGAUCCGUGAAUUGGCCACUCCAAACAGUCCCAGGUCUCCCAAGCCAAGAGGUGAUGCUGUUGCUAAACGCAACAUCAAAAAGAUGCAAGAUGCCUAUACUGCCUGUACGGAUGAGUCUCAAUUGGAAAAAGUUGAUCGGAAGCCUCUAACAGAGCUGGUUCAAAAAUUAGUGUACCUUUAUCACGUCAAGGAUAGCGACCUUAUCUCCAAGACGUCUAAUAGCAAUGACGCAUUGCCUGAUGCUGGCAAGGAGGCUCUAUCUGAGGUCAUUGGCCAAAGCAUCCGAGAUGGAUGGGACUCAUUAUUCAUGUUCAGCGUCAGAGUUGAUGUUCUUAAUCCGGCUCGCUAUGUUCUCAAUGUUCAGGGAUCUGGGCUCGGUCUUCCUAGUCCUAGCCUCUACCUGGACCCGAAUGUCACAAGUGCCUAUGAGAAGGCUAUUGGGGAGAUGUUUACCAUCAUCCAAGGCGAAACCAAACCUAGUGAAAAUAUCAAGGUACCUGACAAUUGGUCCCAGGUAGCCAAGAACGUGGUUGAGUUCGAAAUUGCUUUGAAUAACGUUACAGUUGAGGCGCAACUGGAGAGCGCGACAGAUGUAGAGAAGGCUUUCAAGCUCCUUAGCCUUGCUGAGCUCAAUAAGCGCUCUCCCUCGCUCGACUGGGAUCUAAUCCUCAAGAAUGCACUCCCUCGGGACGUGAAGCCUCCAAAUACGGUGAUUAUAUCUUCGCCUUACCUUGACAAGCUGAAUGCUCUCCUUGAGAAGACUCCGCCAAAAACUUUGCAGAAUUACUUUGCUUGGACUUUGAUCCGUGUUCAUGGAGAGGACCUGAGCAAAGCUUACCGAAAGCCUUUGUAUGAUCUCAGGGCUACCUACAGCACCACACCUCUAAUCUUGGACCGUGCCAAGCUCUGCACCCUUCUGAUGACCUUUACUCUCCCUGAUAUGGUCGGCCAUUUCUUUAUCAAAGCCUCCUAUUCGGAUCAAAUUAAGAACAAGGUUAAUGAUAUCACCAACGCCAUUCGAGCAACAUAUCUCCAGAGCUUCAGGGCCUAUAAUUGGCUUGAUGACUAUACUCGCAAAGGUGCUCUUGAGAAAAUCGAAGCCAUGGUCCAGAAAGUGGGCUACUCCACUAGUAGACCCGAUGAUGGCUCACUGGCUUCGAUCGAUAAGUACUACAAGCCUCUUUCUCUUCAUGCAGCAGAUCACUUUGGAAACCAGAUCAGGACUAGGGCCUUCAACGUUGGAAAUGAACUUCGUUUUCUCAGUAUCCCUGUAGACAAGGAGCAUAUGAUUAUGAGCCCUCAAACGGUGAAUGCCUACUACAGCGCCUUCACGAACGAUAUUAAUAUCCUUGCCGGUAUCUCACAGCCACAUUUUUUCGAUCUCGAGAAUCCAGAGUAUCUGAACUAUGGUUCGCUUGGAGCUGUAGUUGGUCAUGAAAUCACCCACGGCUUCGACAACACUGGGCGCCUCUUUGACGCUAGUGGCAAGCGCCAUAACUGGUGGUCCAAUUCUUCUCUCGAGGCAUUCAACGAAAAGUCAGAGUGCUUUGUCAAUCAGUACAGCAACUUCACGCUUGCAGGUGCUGAUGGCCGGCUCAAGUUUGUAAAUGGAAAUCUGACCUUGGGCGAGAACAUUGCUGACAACGGUGGCGUCAAGCAGUCAUUCGAGACUUGGUAUUCCCGCUACAAGUCCGAUCCUACUAGCAAGAACUACGACAAUCGAAAGCUCCCUGGGCUUGAGAAGUUCACACCCGAACAAUUGUUCUUUAUCCAAUGGGGACGUACCUGGUGCAGCAAAACCCGUCCUGAGAACAUUGACAUGGACCUGGAGAAUGUGCAUUCGCCCACUAGAUUCCGUAUCAACGGUGUUGCUCAAAACUCGAUUGGGUUUGCAAAGGCCUUCAAAUGCAAACCUGGUACGCCCAUGAAUCCUGUCAACAAGUGUGAUCUCUGGUAGAUGAUGUCUCCUCCCUCCUUCCCUCUUCUUCCUUCUUCCUUCUCCUUCCUUCUCCUUCCUUCUCUUUCCUUUGUCACUUCGCAUUAGUUGAAGGGUUCUGAGACAAUGACAACCAUCGAAAAUGUAUAUUUAACAUAAAUCAUGC